AUGGACUUCAAGAAAGUCACAGAGGACAUGCUUGCUGCAGCAGCUGAGGAAAGCCAAGGUGCCUGUCCAAAUGUGUGUUACACCGGGACCACUGCCAGGGACAGACACAGACUGCAGAGGAUUGUGGGUCUUUUUGAAAAGUCCUUGUCCAUAGGGGUCUGCAACCCUUCGAAUAAACUGGCAGGCAGCAUAAUGAUCUCCGCAGCUUCUGGAGACCUUUACAACUUUGUUAUUUGGGUUCAGAAUGAACCUGCUCUGAUCUGCAAAAGACACAGUGCCCAGUGGUCUUUCGGGGUAUUGCUUUGGGAAAUUUUCACCCUCGGGGGGUCUCCUUACCCUGGUGUCCCAGUGGAGGAACUCUUUAAGCUGCUUAAGGAGGGUCAUCGAAUGGAAAAGCCCUCCGCAUGUACACAGGAUAUGUACCAUAUGAUGAGGGACUGUUGGCACGCUGUCCCAUCGCGCAGGCCAACUUUCCAACAGCUGGUGGACGACUUAGAUCGCAUGCUCUCUCUCAUGGCCAACCAGGAGUAUCUAGAUCUUGCUGUACCUCCAGUGCAGUACUCUCCAAUCAGCAUGGACACAUCAGCAUUGUCCCUUUCCUCUAGCCCCUCAUAAGAGUCCCAGGACCCUUCCUGAAUCACUUUUAUCCCAUUUCCUUGGCUGCACAUUAGCACUGUUUCAGAUGAGGCUAGUGCAGUGGCAGAAGAGAGGUGCUUCUCGUCUUGACUCUGGUUCUGGUGAUGAGGAGAACAGCUGUCUAAAAUGGUGACUCCCCAGUGAGGUAUUGGGGGAAAGCACACAAACCAGUGCAUUCAUUAAGAGCAUUAAAACCUGAUUUCAGCCACCAACUUGUGGACUUGCCCACUGUGUAUAUAUUUCUCAAAAAUGUCAUUGUAUAUAUUGUAAAUAUGUUUUUUGUAAUGAAUAAAAUAUGAAAUUGUUCAUGAGUUAUCAAAAAUUAGGUAAAUUAUAUUGAAGUACAGAGCAAAAUAUAUCUGAAUAUGAAUGUAAAAUUGUAGCAAAAACAUUUGUAACUUGAAUGUUUUAUUGUUUGUUUUUAUAAGCAGCCUAUGCGUGUUGGCAACAUAUCAGAUAAAUUAUACCUAUAAAUUUCUUUUAACGUUUUAACCUCCAUGUAACUGUGUCUAGUUUUGACAGCAACAUUGCACUUACUUGACUGAUGAAUGCAGCUAGUCUGUGGUCAAAAUGCUUUUAGUUUUAUAUUUUAUUAAUAUCAGUAUUAAAUUCUACUAAAAUUGA